GUGAGCCCUGUAAAGCCCAGGCUGCUCCUGUCCACGCAGCCCCGACCCGCUACCGUAGCGCGCACCGCGUUCGGCAGGGGCCAGGGGCCGCCGAGGAAGGGCGUGCUAUAAAGCCGAGGGAGAAAGGGGCGGCCGGCACCAACCCAUGGAGGCAAGGCGGCUGCUCAAGGAGGCUGGCGGGGGCCGGGCCGGCGGGGGCGCUGGCCAGGCGCGAUCGGGCGCCCCCAGCCGGGCCCGCGCCCAGUGCUGCAUGGCGCUGCUCAGCCUGCCUUGCAGAGGGAGCUCGAGUCCCGCUCUGAGCCUCGCCUCGCCUCGCCUCGCCGCGCCGCGCCGCGCCUCUCACGCCGCGGCGCACACGGCGGCGGCCGGCAGGAGCGGGGCACGCAGCCGCCGCCGCGCCAAGCAGGACUCGGCCGGAGCCGGUUCGCGGGCCCGGAGGUGGGGAACGGCGAGCCCGCAGCAGGCCGAGCCCCGGGACAAGGCAGGUUCGGCGGGCAGGGCCCCGGGGAGGGGGCGAACCGGCCGCCCUGCGGCAGCGCUGGCCGGGGCAGGGAAGGGCUGGGGGGAGCGGGCCGCGGGCCCGGGGGUAAUUCGCGCCGGCGGCUCCGCGGAGGAAACAAAGGAAGGAAAAUGGAGCCCGGGCCAGGCGGGGACGGGGCGCUCGACGGGCCCGGCCGGCCCGGCCCAGCGCCGCGCUGUGGGGAAUGGCGGCGGUAGCAGGCAGGCGCCGGCCGCGCUGGGGACGAUAGAGGGAGACAAAGCCCCCUGCUUCCCCGGCGGCGGCCGCUGCGGGGCCCCAGCCAAACCGGAGCCCCAUCGUGACACCUAGAGGCCGGAGAAAGCGACUGCAAACCCCCCGCCACCGCUUACCUGCGCCUGGCCCCGCCAGGCCCGCGCCCGCCGCCGGGCCCCGCCGCCGCCCCGCGCUGCCCCGGCCCCGCGGAGCCGCCGCGCCCCGCACGCCCCGCCGCGGCCGCCGCUCGCGCUCAGCCCCAGCUCGCGGUUUAAUCGCUCCACAGUCGCUUCGGACACAAAAUGGCGGCGGCCGAACGCGGUGCGCCUGCGCGGGCCCGGCUGCCGCGGCCGCCGGAGCUGAGCGAGAGGAGGGGAGGCAGUGAGUGGGCGCGCGGGGCACCAUGGGAGGGGGCCCUGCGCGCCAACUUCAAACGGUGCCGUGAGCGGAACGUCACGGGCUGACUCGCACGCACGACGCAGGGGCGUCACGGGCUGCGUCCUGCGUCCUGCGUCCUGCGUGUGCCCUGGCGCCGCCGGGGGGCGGUUGAAGGGAAGAGUCCAGUGCCUGCCCCACAGUGGAACCUGGGAAUGAGAAUUCCCCACACCAAUGAGUUCCCAUGAUUUCUGUCAAAUGAAUUUGGAACCCAUCUCUGUUCCCCAAUGGACGUGAUUCCUACCUCAAACCACCCCAAUUGGUGCCACCUAGUUAGCCAUCGCCUUAGAGGUUCUGUGGUGUUUUAACAUCCCUUCCCGCGAGGCAGGUUCCUGCAGAUCAGUGAUGAGGCAUGCAAGCAUGAUGUGACGUCCUUGUUGUGUGUGCUUGAUCUGCUCUGUUUUAGAGGUCUUAAAUUUACAGCCAAGCUUGUUUCUAAGUUUUCAGACCUUGUGUGUGGUUUUGACAUUCAGUAGUGAAUGGGCUGCAACAGAACUAGCAAGAUCUGAACAAAGUUUCAGGAGAUAAAUGUGGGUCACUUACCUUCCUGGGAAUUUGUGAGGUUCUUAGUCUGUUUCUCUUCCCCCUCACUUCUGCUCUCACAACAUUUUCUCUACCUUUCUCUGUCUCCAGUUGCUCCAGUCCCACCUCUUUGUUGUGUCUUUCCCAACUGCCACAGAUCUUCCUGUUUCCAGCAUUUCCUCUUUUCCAGGGGAAUUGCCCCAAAUCUCUUGCUAGCUGUCUAAACAAGCAGUUGAGAGAAGAGAACCUCCGUGAGCCCACAUCACAAUAUCAGACACAAUUGGCUUAAGAUGGAGUUAAAGUCGAGAAUAAAAAUGUCAGUAAUUUAAGGAUAAACAAUAAGGCUGUCAAGCGAUUAAAAAAAAUUAAUCUAGAUUAAUUGCACAAUUAAAAUAAUUAAUCACACUGUUAGAAUAAUAGAAUACCAUUUAUUUAAAUAUUUUUGGAUGUUUUCUACGUUUUCAAAU